AUGCCUACCACUGCUGGACUUGUUGUCAGCACCUUUCUAGGCUUGACCGCCAGGCGGCUCCAGGUGCUCAUUGUGGGCAAGGAGUACGCCCGUUCUUGGAACAGAAUUCCUGGUUAUGUAUACUCUGUUGGAUUAUUCGUUGGAGGUUAUGCUGUGGCCGACAAUUUAAUUGACAAUAAUAGACAAUUGUUGCAAAGAAGACUUGCUGUUUUGCGAGAGCAGCGGGCACAAAAGGAAGCCUUCCACGAGUUUGACGAAACCGCAGACCAUAGAUGGACCGCUGACAAGCGUGGACGGUUUUUCCAUUUGUUGGAUAAGUAUGGAGCUGGAUACAAAUAA